AUGGAGUGUUCUGACAAGUUUGUCGACACAGCAUUAUUGCUCUUGGAGGAAAUUGAGAAAGAGAACCACAGGCUCCAAGGACACAGUGCUUGUGCCCCUUGCCCUGUGUGUCCAGAUGCUGCUCAGAGCAGAAGUCCAAGUGUUGGGGGCAGCACAAAUGAACUCACAGGAGAUUCCACUUCCAAGAACACACAGAGUCACACAGAGCAAAAUAUGGAAGAAAAAUUUUACCAGUUCCCGUUUACAGACUCUAAACCAUAUACCUCAAACGGCAGAGUAAAUUCUUUCAGAAGAGGGCCAGCACAACAGAAACAUGAAAUGUGGGACUCAGACGAGGACAGUGGUAAUGUGGACCUUGAGAGCUGUGGCCUCUCACUGUCUCUUGCCUCUUCCAGUCCUGAAGAAGUCAGCUUCAUUAGGAUGGGAGCUACAGUCCACCAAAGAGGACCAGCUUUUCCAGAAAAUGGCUUUCAACAGCAAGCGGAACCCUCGCUUCCCAAUAACAUGAAAGCUGCCUUUGAGAAACCUUCUGGCUGCUGCUCCACUCAGCCCAAGCCACCUUAUUCCCAGCAUUCUCCACCACUGCCACUGCUCCAGCUCUUACCUUCAGAUAUUGAUGCAGGAUUGGCAGGAGCCUGUUAUCAUUCCGAUUCUGUCGUUACUGGGGUUCAGAGAUUUAGAGAUAUGCUGAAAAUACCAUACAAGCUGGAAUUAAAGAACGAACCUGGCAGAGCAGAUUUAAAGCAUAUUGUUAUAGAUGGAUGUAAUGUGGCAAUGACUCAUGGUCUGAAUAAGGUCUUUAGUUGCCGUGGAAUAGCAAUUGCCGUUGAAUAUUUUUGGAAGCUUGGACACAGAAAUAUCACUGUGUUUGUGCCGAAGUGGAGAACAAGCUGCAGUACUAAUGCCACAGAACAGCACUUCUUGACCCAGCUCGAGGAACUUGGAAUAUUAUCUUUAACUCCUUCUGGAGAACAAACUGUUUCUCGUGUUGACAGGUUCCUACUACACUUAGCACACAGGACUGGGGGUGUCAUUGUAAGCAAUGAUUACUUCGAAGAGUGUUUGACUGAGUCAGUGUCCUGGAGAGAAAUUAUUGCUAAAAGAUUGCUUCCGUACACGUUUGUGGGGGACAUAUUUAUGGUUCCCGAUGACCCUUUGGGAAGAAAUGGGCCUCGGCUAGAAGAAUUUCGGAAAGAAGAGCUCUCUAGAAACAUGCAGCCUCUACAUUGUCUGCCAAAUGUUGAUAUGUUCUCCCGGAGCCAUAACACCCAAGUAGCCAACACCAGCCACCAGUCUCCAUAUGGGAACCAGGGAGCCUCUUAGGGCCCUUGGCUUCCUCAGCAGCCCGACUUCAAAUCUCUGGUCAGCAUUCCGGGUAUAGAGCAGAACCAUCUCAUGCCAGCACAGAGAUCUUCCGCUGAGACCAGAGAGCUGAGGGAGGCCCUGUGGAACGUCUUCCCUGACUCUGAGCAAAAUCUGAAGAUCGACGAAAUCCUGGCAGCUCAGCCAUUCCUGAAGGACCUGAAUGUGCUUUCUGACCUGGUGCUGGAACGAAGGCUGGGCUGA